AUGGAAGCAUCACCUAUUUCACUGAUGAUUGCUCAUCUUCGUCAGCCCACUGAGUCUUCCGUAAGAGUAAUCAUCCCCAGUACCCCAGUGAUGAGAUCAUCCAGUCAAGCUUUGAACCAAUCGUGUCUAACGUACAUACACAAAAGCUGUCCAAACAGACCGAGAACUGGUGAAUCCCCUGCUGGAAGAAACGAGAAUUCCCCAAAUCCAUCAAACAGAAUAAUCCAGCGUGAACUCGUACAGGCCUUCGGACUGGUGUGGGAAUGUACAAGAAAAGUGGAAAAUGGAAGGUUGAGCCUUGAACCUGUUUCUUGUGAAUCUAUCGAACGACGAUAUGAGAGUUAUGAAGUAUUGAGUCCGGGAUCGUCCAGAACGGUGAACAAUGGAUCCGUGAAACAUUCAUGUGAUAUUGUGGAUGGAGGGUUGAGAAGUGUUUCCGAGUAUGUCCCCGGAUGUUAUUACAAUGGAACUGUCUACAAAUUGGGCGAGUUUUGGCUGGAAGAGAAUCAAGGAGACAAACAUUUAGUGCAAAACGUAACUAUGGAGUGUGUGCGCUCAGAAUCAGGGUAUUUCGACAAAAAAGUGACUGAGUGCCAUUUCGAUUCAGAAGAGGAUUUUGUCGUUCAUAAUUGGGAAAACAAUACUUUCUCUAUCGAAAAGAUGGUUCAACAUAUUGGUAUUGCCUUAAAUCAUUUUUAUGAGAACUCUGAUCUCGUUCUUGUGGAAGAUCCUAACGAUCUUAAAGUUGCGAAUAAAAUUAACACGAGACGCUUCAAAUGUGUCGAAACGGAACCGGGCCAUGUAACAUUGAUAGCUGCAACUGAGGAAGAUAUGCGCUGCACAUACAAAAACCAAACUUAUCGUUAUGAAAGCAGAUGGAUUGACGUGACUCGAGGUGCUAGUCUGAGAUGCGACAAUGGGAAUGAAGUUAUGAAAGAGUAUUGCUCACUGAAUGGGAAAAAUUACAAUAUUGGUCUAGAGCUGAAAUUAUCAAAUGGAUGUGUCUUCGUGUGCAAUGAGCAUAAGAAUAUUUAUAUUUGUGAAGAACCGCUGAAAUUGUGA